AUGAACUUAAGAUGUCCACCAGAUCAUUCACGACAGCCAGAAACGAAGUUCGUCUUCAAUUUGCCUGACAUUUCUUUGGCCCAAAAAUCCUAAAAGGAUGAUUGAUUGGUUUUUAAACCAAACAACUGUCUCUGUGCAUUGCAAAAUAACGUUAAUUAUUAUAGGUUAAAAAAAAAAUAAUUUAGUUUAUCCCCCACAUUUACGACAAUUUAGCAGGCGCGUGUAACCAUGGUAACGAGUUAUUUUACGGCACAAAUGCAGCCCGCGCUACCGAAUGAAACAUACUAGCUUCCAACAUGAUUUGGCGUUGCUUUAUAUGCUACGUGUUUGUAGCAUUGAGUCUGAGACAACGUUUGAGUCACAUUAAUAUCAUGCACAGCCGCAGCCCUGACUUUCGCGUGGUGUGUGGAAUUGAUGGCUGUCCGAGUGAGUACAAAGUGUAUAACUCCUACUAUCACGUAAAGCGGACACACGCGCGUCACCUUCUCGGAGUGGAACCGGAUGAGGAGGAAGGAUCAACCCGCCACGGUUUACCUGGAGCAGGUGAAAGGACGGACCCAAUCAACCAAACUAACGCCAGUUCUUCAGUAACUGACGAGGGCUCAAGCAUCCCCACACUAACGAGUGGAUUUCAAGAAGAUGGAGAGGGUCACCUGAAUCUUGACUUUUAUAAACAUGCAACUGCAUUUCUUCUUCAAGCCAAGGAAACUCAUCGACUGACACAGAGAGCUGUUAACCACAUCGUGAGUGGAGUCCAGCAAUAUCAGGCCAUAUUAUUGGAGCACCUAAAACAACAAAUGAGUGACAUGAUUGAGAGACAUUCUGGGGACCUGGAUCAACUAAAGAGUGACACAAUGGGGUAUUUGACCAGUUUGUUGACCCUUUCACUCAGAUUGCUUCCACCCAUUUGCAGGACAAGACCAUCAAAGAACUGUUAAAACCAGUUGAACCAGAGAUUAUUGUCACAAAACUAACAGUCUGUUAUUCGAAGCGUGGAGACUCCAGAGUUCUUGCCAUUAAGGACCAUUGUUUUCAUUACAUACCGUUGGUGAAAAGUUUGGAGCAGCUGCUAUCACAUCCAAGAAUGCUUGCAAUGAUUGAUGAGAGGCCAAAGCCAUGCAAGGAUGGCCAAGUUGUCACUGCAAGUGGUGAGAGGACAAUUCAUGGGGCACUCAUAUCUGUGUGUGGAGACACUCUAGCUCAGCAUGAAGUGGCUGGAUUUAAGGAAGGAGUGGGUUUUGCCUACAGUAAAUGCAGGCACUGCGACUGCCACUUUGAAGACAUGCAGGAAAAAUUUAAUGAAGAUUUGUUUGUUAAAAGGACCAUGGCCAGUCAUAACAGGCAAUGUAAUGACAUUGAGAAAGCAAGUACUGACUUUCUGAAAGACAAUCUAAAAAUAACGUAUGGUAUAAAGAGGAAAAGCAAGUUAACAGAAUCUCCUCACGUUGAUAUAAUCAAUCAAACCCCACAAGACAUCAUGCAUGUUAUUCUUGAAGGCGUUGCCCCAUAUGAAAUCAAAUGUGUUUUAAAGAAUCUUGUGCUUUCAGGGCAAAUGAACUUGGAUUCAUUCAAUAGUGCAAUUCUGUGUUUCCCUUAUUCUCCUGUUGAUGUGAGGGAUAAGCCUUGCCCCAUAUCUGUCAGUACGCUGUCAUCAAAUGACAAUAAAUUGAAACAGUCAGCUGGGCAGAUGCUGGUUUUCUUAAAGAUCCUUCCAUUUCUUAUGGACAAAAUUGGAGAAAAUCAUUACACACAAAUGCUACGUAACAUGUUAGAGAUCAUAAAAAUUCUGUUUUCACCUAUUAUUGCUGUCUCAACUCUCUCCAGACUGAAGCUUUUAAUAGAGCUGCAUUUAAAACAUUUCAAACAACUGUUUCCAGAUGAAAAUAUUAUACCUAAACAGCAUCUUCCUUCUCAGAUUAAGGCUCUUGGUCCUACAGUGAGGCAUAUGUGUAUGCGCUUUGAGUCAAAACAUUGUUUCUUCAAGCAGUGGGCUCUGAAAAGUAGUUUUAAGAAUAUUUGUAAAUCUCUUGUGAAGCACAACCAACUUUAUGAAUGUAGUCAGAACGUGCAUGAGAAACAUCCCAUUUUUUUUCAAGUGAAGUCGACAUGGGUCCAGCCUCUGAGGUGAAAAAUGGUCAUUAUGUAGAAGGCAAGAUAAAAGACUUCAUUGAGCAAGUUGAACAUGUAGUUUCUGUACAGUGGAUUAUGCUACAUGGAAAUAAGCAUUCAUGUGAAAAAUCUUUGGUUAUUUCUGAUGUCAUAAAUGAUGCUCCAGAGUUUGCACUUGUUAAAAACAUCUAUAUUGUAAAUGCAUCUGUGUAUUGUUUUGAAUGCCAGCCUCUCUCUACAGUUGGGUGGAAUGAUCAAUAUUUAGCUUAUGAGGUAGAAGUUCCCUGUCUAGCUCAGGCAAAUAUUUUUGUGGAUGCUGGAAAUCUUGUUGAUUAUACAGCAUACCACUAUGUAAACUUUAAUAACAGCAAGUACAUUCCAGUGAAGUAUGAUCUCACUGACAUCAUCAAACAUCAUUCUUGAGUCUUUUGUGAAUAUGUGGGCUGAAAUAAUGUUUUUAAACACUGGCAAAAAAUUUAUUGUUCUAUUGACUUUUUAUUUUACUUUUGGCACAAUCUGUUCAGUGCAACACAACUGAGAGGGAAACAAUUUCAGUGUUUUGCCUCUUUUUCAAUGUCACAUUGAUAUGGUUUGACUGGUAUGUAAGAAAAAUAAAUACACUGUGCUUAAGAUACUAAGACUCAUAAUAAUGCAAUG